AUGGAUAAAGUACAUGGAAAAGGCGGAACCACCAGCGAGGAAGAAGACAUUGAUGAUCUCAUAAAACAAUUAGAUGAUGAGGAGGACGAAUACUUGGCUAAGUAUCGUGAUCACAGGCUAGAAGAAUUGAGCGAACAGAUGAAGAAGGUAAAGAAAAAUGUAGAAUCUGGGAAUUACGGUACCGUCAAUACGUUCCACGAUGAGCAACAAUUGAUAAGCGCCAGCUCAUCCGCAGAAAGAUGCGUAGUGCACUUUUUCAUCGAUUCGUUUAAAAAGUGUCAAUUAAUGGACUCUAAACUAUUAAGUGUAGCAGAGUCAAAUUUGACUACAAGAUUUUUCAGAAUAUCAGUGGAGGAAUGCCCUUUCUUAGUAGAGAAGCUAUCCCUAAAAGUUCUACCGGUUGUGAUUGCCUAUAAAAAUGGAAUAGAGCAAGAUAGGCUUAUAGGAUUUUCAAAGCUUGGUGAUAACCCUGAUGAUUUCUCCAUCCAGCAAUUAGAGAGAUGGCUCAUACAAUCUGGCGUUGUCCCAAAAAAGGAUGCCAAACUACUUCUUUUAUCCAAGCACAAUGAACAAGUUGUAAAAUCAGCAAAGCGAGAUGUAUCAAAUCGACAUUUUGAAGUAGGUAAGGAUGACGAUAGUGAUGAUUAUUGGGAUUAA